AUGGUGGUGAUGAUGGGAGUUCAUGACGAGGCAUCAAAGGCGAAGAUCAUUCGUACAGUCGCUAAAUGUCAUGGGAUCACAUCGAUUACAAUGGACUCACAGGAUGGAAAGUUAACAGUCAUUGGAGACUUUAACCUCACGAAGCUCCUCACCAAACUCGAACGAAAAUGGAGUUACUCAGAUAUAGCAACAUUUGGCACGUACGAUCCCAAGAAAGAAGCCGAAGUCGCUGCCGCUGCUGAAAAGAAGAAGAAGGAAGAAAUGGAACGACAAAGACUUGAGGGUUAUCGUGGAAACCAAACUCUUUCUCCUCAUUACCCUCCUCCUCAUUACACCACUAGUGUCUUCGAUCACGACUAUCACCAGGGACAGGGAUGUGUAAUCACUUGA